UUAUCAUAUUUAUAACACUGAAACAUAAGUAUCUGCUUUAUGAUUGUCUGUAAAGUACAAAAGGAUUCCAUAUUGUUUAUACAACUUCUUCUUGAGGUUUGAGUUACACAGAAAGUUAGGGUCAGCAUGCAGAUUUAUAGAAGCCUAAAUUGAGGGGAAUAGCUGUAUGGUUGUAUUACUGUAAUACACUUUCAAGUAAGAGAGAGAGGGAAGUGGGAGCUUCUUGUUAGAGAUGCUGAAGGAUUUUGCUCCUAACUGCAGAGAAACGGUGGUGGCCAGUUAUAGCAAGGAAUGCUUCAAACUGCUGUCUGCUCUUCUGUCCUGGUCCCAGGGACCACGAGGCAGGAAGCAGUUUCACAGAGGUGUUGUGACUUCUGUUCUGGGCUGGUGUUUGCAGUUGUAGUUUGAAGGGUGUGAAUCUGAGCAUGGGAUGUUGAAGUGUUUGUAUCUGCACCAGUUUUAGUUUUGCUGUUAGAUUGUAGUGUUUCUUUUGACAGGGAUUAAAAUUCGUGUGAGAAAGAUUCAGUUACAGUGAGAGAGCAGGGUUCUUUUCUCAUGGUAGUGAAAAAAGUUUCAUUAGGUUUUAAGUCAAAACUAAUCAUGUUCCAUGUGUUUGCAGUACCAUCUCUUGGCCUCAGAGGGGAAUGUUUUUCCACUUGUUAUUCCAGCUUUUAUUUAACCAGCUGUAAUUGUUGUUAUCUGCAAUUAUCUAUAGUAAAAAAUGGCAUGUUUCAUGCAGAGCAAACUGAACCUACUGCCUGCAACAAUUAGAACUUCUGAUAAUGGGAAGCACGUUUAAAUUAUUGAAACUUUGGACAACAUAUCCCACUAAGUAUGAAUGUUAUUCCAAACAUCAUCGUUCUCAUCCAAAAGGACAGCUAAAUCUGGUUGUUCUCUAGAGAUGUAUCUCUGGAUACUGGGAGUUUUGUUUGUUUCCAUGUUAUUUAAUAAUGGGUACAGAAUUAAUUGGUCUCUGGAGUAAAAGAUGGUUCUUGUUCUGAAGGGAUUCCAGUUGAAGUGGCUGUUCUUCAUGUAUGCUCUCUGAUGAGAAAUGAGAUAAAGAUUAGAACUGGAUACCUGUUUUGUGGUUACUGUGUAUAAAUAGGAAACAUUGUUUCAGCUUUGCUAUGGCGAACUCAUCCUUCAGUUCCUACUAACAUUUUGCAACUUCCUCUUAUUCAAAAACUUUGUAACCUGCUCUGAUAAUGUUGAGAGCGAGGCAGGAGGGCUGAAGUAGUCCCAGAGAGAGCUAGAGUUUUUUGCAGUAUUUUCACUUAAUUGCCACUAUUUUCUGUUUUACAGUGGUGGGAAGGACAGCUGUUAUAAUAUGAUGCAGUGUGUUGCUGCUGGGCAUCAGAUCGUUGCUCUAGCCAACUUAAGACCUGCUGAAACCACAGGGCAGACUGAUGAAUUGGACAGCUAUAUGUAUCAGACAGUAGGACACCAUGCCAUUGAUCUAUAUGCUGAUGCAAUGGAUUUGCCACUCUAUCGUUGUUUCAUAAGGGGUACCAGUAUAAAUACUGGAAGAGUGUAUACGACGUGUCAGGAAGAUGAGGUUGAAGACCUUUACCACCUCUUGAAACUUGUUAAGGGCAGAUCAUGAUUUUUGAAAUACACCUGCUCUUACAUUUACUGAAGAAAGGAAACCUUCCUGACCAUUUGGCAGGUAAAAUUACAAUAACU